CAAAUUACUCGGAGCCUUCGUGAGACCUUGAUCAGCCUUGUCUUUCGCUGUCAGCCUCCGUCGCCUGGUCUACCUCCGAACUCCCAGCAUGUUACUCUCCGACUUCCUCUUCGUAUCACGGUGGGCCAUUUGCGAGGCAUGCUGCGUAAAAUUUUACGGUUGCCAUCGAAGUCCGAACUUCGCAUAGUAGUAGAAGAUGAUCGUUCCCGGGCCUCGGGCAUCUGCCUCGAGCUAGAGGCUGACACUCGGGAACUGGGUUUCUACGACCUGGAUGAGAAUACCGAAGUCACGGUGCAUUGGACGGAAUAG